UGCGCGUCCACUAAUGUUUUCAAAGAAAGCGGACUCGAUGAUACAAAGUGACGAAUACACACCACUUCGACCUUCUGAGGGACUACCCCGUCUCACGAAACCUGUAGUUUUAGCGACUUUGACAGUAUGUUUAGGAUCAUUAUCGUUUGGUUUUGUCAUGAGUUAUCCGUCGCCGGUUCAAAAGGACUUACAGGACAAGUUAAACUGGAGUGAUGAACAGUUGUCAUGGUUUAGUUCUCUACCAGCUCUUGGUGCAAUGUUUGGAGCCCUCAUUGGCUCGAGAACCAUUGACAAGCUUGGUCGAAAGUUCAAUAUUAUGGCCUGUUCAGUGCCUCUUGUGGCUGGUUGGAUCAUUAUUGCAGCAGCAAAGGCUCUUUCACUUUUCUAUGUGGGAAGAUUCAUAUCUGGACUGGGUAUUGGGGCCAUAUCGCUGACAGUUCCUCUAUACAUCGCCGAAAUUUCACCAGCCAAAUACAGAGGUGCGCUGGGCAGUGCCAAUCAGUUAGGGGUGACAUCUGGCGGCCUGUUAGCGUAUUCUUUCGGCGCAGGUUUGAAUUGGCAUUGGUUAGCCAUUGCUGGUGCAAUACCACCCACAAUAGUGGCUGUGUUUAUGAUGGGAUUUCCCGAGACACCGCGUUGGUUGAUAAAGAACGGUAGAAUGAAUGAAGCGUGUCACGUUUUAGAAUUUUUGAGAAAAACGUCUGAUGAAGAAUGUCGUAAUGAAUGCACAGAAAUUCGCAACACUUUAGAAAUCGAUGAACCAAUAUCAUUAAAAGAGUUCACGAAGCCAACGAUAUAUCGCCCUUUUAUAAUAUCUAUCAUGUUGAUGGUAUUUCAACAGUUCAGCGGAAUUAAUACUGUGGUAGCUUACGCCUCCCAUAUGCUUCGCGAUGCAGAUUUCAGCGAUCCAAAUUUAGCUGUAAUAGCUAUAGGAGCAGUACAGUUAUCAGGCACAGCCACAUCCUGUCUCAUAGUCGAUAAAGUGGGCAGACGAUUGCUUCUUACGUUUCCAACCACGAUAAUGUGCGCAAGCAUGAUAGUCCUUGGUGCUUCGCGCUAUUUCCAAGAUUUUCCAAGCAGUGUCACCUUAAUAACUUUGUGCUGUUACCUGAUUGGAUUUUCCUUUGGCUUGGGCCCAAUCCCCUGGCUUAUAAUGUCCGAGAUUUUUCCAACCAAUGUACGUGGUGUAGCCAGCGGCAUAGCGACCCAGGUGAACUGGCUUGGUGCGUUCACGGUGAUGAGAUUCUAUGUGAACAUGGAGAAGACGAUGCAUUCUUAUGGUUGCUAUUGGUUUUACGCUGCAGUCUGCCUCGUUUCAGUGAUAUAUGUGCUUGUAUUUCUGCCCGAAACGAAGGGGAAAACGUUGGAAGAAGUGGAAAAGCUUUUUGAAAAGCAAAGCGACUUAAAAACACCGGAUUCAUUUAGACAUUACAACGGAAUUCUAUCUUAAAUUGAAAAAAUGAAUUAGUUUUAUAUUUUAAAAAACCGUUUUUAAGAUUUUUUCAGGUUGUUGAGUGCCAC